UACCCUAAUUCCUCCAGGGGAAAAUGGUCGGGUCAAUUGCUUUAAACGGAAAACCUCAUGUUUAGGUUUUUAGCAAAGAACAAAGAAAUCUUAAAGAAACAGCAGACGAUCAAAGAAGAAUGAAAUCAAUUAGAGCCAUCACAACCCUUGUACCCAGGCUUCAGGUGGCAAUGGAAUCUAUUUCUCUCAGAAACUACGCCACUCAUGCUAGCCAUUUGAACAAGCUGAACUCCUACAAAGCAGCUGGUGUCCCGGUUCUGUUUAUAUUGCUGGGAAAUGGGCAAACUGUAAAUUAUUGGUCAGCAUUGGAAGUUUCUGUGAUCCAUGGAGGAAAGGUUGCGAUUCCUAGCUAUGCUAGAUCUUUGGCAUCGAGUGCUUCAGAAUCCGCAAGACGAAAAUCGUCGGAGACUCGAAGAGACAUAUCAAAAGUUGAGGAUCCCUUUGAUGCUCCAACAUACAAUAUACCUGAGAAGCCUGUGACUUUUACAGAGGGAGCUUCUUACAGUAUUGUCAUCCUUGCUGGGCUAGGAAUUGCUGCUGCUGCUGGAUAUGGUGUUUUCAAGGAACUUAUAUUUGAACCAAAAGAGUACAAAAUUUUUGGGAAAGCUCUGGAGAGAAUUCAAAAUGACAGUCAGGUUAGGGUGAGAAUUGGAUCCCCUAUUACCGGCUAUGGCCAAGAAAGCAGGAAUCGUGCUGCUCGUCAGCAAAUUCCUAAUCGAACAUGGACCGAUGAGGAUGGAAAUGAGCACGUUGAGGUCAAUUUCUAUAUCCGUGGGCCGCAUGGAAAUGGCAUAGUUGGUGCUGAAAUGUUCAAGGAUAAGGUUGAUAAGCAGUGGAAGUUUAUCUAUUUGAUUGUUGAGAUUAAAUCCCCGUCCCCAUCGCAACUGCUGCUCGAGUCUUAUGUUCCUGCAUGAAAUUUAUACGUGCACAAUGUAGUUGCUCCUGACUGCUUUGAAUGCUGAAUGAGGAAAUGAAUGCUUCACGUCCUCGAUUCUUGAUCUGAAUGCAGGUUUGAAUGACUUUCUUUAAUCGGUGUUUUGAUUAACUGUAACCGAAAUCAUAAUGGCAUUUUGUGCAUCGUGCUGUGGGAACAAUGAGAUUGUCUAUUCUUAAUACUGAAAUUUAGCCACUUAGCCACUGUUAGAACAAUAAUCUUAACUUUUCUUUGACCAUUAAAGUAAGCUAAUGUUACAACAA